AGCCGGCCCAGCCGCUACAGCCACAUCCUGGAUGACCUGUACAAGAUGAAUGUGCUGCCCGCGACCGCCCGGCGCAGCCGCAUCGGGGUGCUGUACGCCCCGCAGCCCGAUGGCACCGCUGACAUGCACAUCAUCAUCAACGGCGAGGACAUGGGGCCGAGUGCCAGGGGCCUGCCCACCACCCGCCCGCUCUACGCCGUCAUUGACGUCUUUGCCUCCACCAAGAGUGUCCGAGUCAUCCCAGUGGAUUAUGGCUUUCCUUCCCUGCAGACGCUGUGCCGGCUGGUUAUCCAGAAACACAUCGUGCACCGCCUGGCCAUCGAUGGCCUGGACUUGCCCCCACUACUCAAGAGCUUCUGCCAACAUGAGUGAGGUAUUGAGGGUGCUGCUGGGCUGCCCCCCAUCAACAGCCCCCCAGCGAUGGCUACCCAGCAGGCUCUGUGCCCCUCCCUGCCCACUCACCCAAGUAUGUGCCAUUGAAGGGCUGAUGUGAGAGCAGGGCAAAGUGGGGUUGGGAUUUUCUCCAAAUUGACGUUGUGGCAUGCCCAGAGCACGGGCAGGGGGAUUUAUGUGGGUCAGAGAGAGCAAUAAAGUCCUUCCAGACAAGA